GGUAGAUUUAAGUCUAUCUCUCAAAAGUGUAACGUGUUCUUGUAGGAAUGAAGAAAUUUUUGGAUACUACUAAUACUAAGCUCAAUAGGGCUUUGCAGAAAACAAAUGAAGUCAUAGGAAGAGCUGAAAAGACAGAAUUCGAUGAGGAAUUUGUUUCACUAUUAAAGCAAGCAGAAUCCACACAUGAAGCAUCUAAGCACAUUAUGGAGGCCAUCGAGCAGUGGAUCAACCCAUGUGUCUUAAAGAAGUUCGAUGAUGUCGCUUGCAAAGUAGAAAGUAUGGUCACAGAUAAUAAAAGUUAUUGGCUAAAGGUUCCUGCAAAGUUACCUGCCGAACAUCUUGGAGAUACACUACUCAAUGCAGCUGUUAGUGUCGGAGCUGGUACUGCAUAUGGUGCAGCAUUGUCACAAUGUGGCGAGUACAGUCGUCAAAUAGCUGCAGCUGAAAGUCAAAGGAAUGCGAUACUAGAAAAGAAAACAUUAUGUGUAUUACAUCAUUUUUUGGCACUUGAAUGGCCUGAAAUACAAAAAGAACUUAGUCAUUUGGAGUCGUAUCGUUUGGAUUAUGAUAAAUUAAGAAGUAAAGUGAAGCAUAAUGAACAUCCAGAUCCUGAAACUUUGACAAAAAUGGAAGACGCUAAAACCGUUCUUUAUAAACAAUUAGAAAAAACUAGAGCUAAACUACAGCAGGUCAAGUCGGUAAAUGACUCCAACAUGAUUGCUCUAAAAGAAUUAGUAGCAGCUCAACGAACUUAUUUCAGUGAAUGCAAACAGAGGACUGAAGAAUUGUCUGCUCAAAUGGAACGAUUGAAGUAA